UUGUCCCACCCCCGGAAGCUGUAUUCUUUGGUUUAUUUUGAUUUUGUUGAUAUGCUGAUUAUGUGCACAGCAUGAAGAUUGACAUCCAUAAUCAUAUACUGCCUGAACGAUGGCCUGAUUUAAAAGAGAGAUAUGGCUAUGGUGGAUGGAUACAACUCAACCAUGAUUGUUGCCAACCUGGGAAGGCUAAUAUGAUGAAAGAUGGCAAACUUUUCAGGGUCGUUGAUGAAAACUGUUGGUCUCCAGAGGCCAGAAUUCGAGAAAUGGAUGCCACUGGUGUGACUGUACAGGCUCUUUCUACAGUACCUGUAAUGUUCAGUUAUUGGGCUAAGCCAGAAGACACCCUAGAUAUCAGCAGGUUACUUAAUGAUGAUUUGGCCAACACAGUGCAGAAAUACCCCAGCAGGUUUGUGGGUCUAGGAACUCUCCCUAUGCAGGCCCCUGAUCUUGCUGUACAAGAGGUACAUAGAUGUGUCAAAGAAUUAGGAUUUAAAGGUAUCCAAAUAGGAUCCCAUGUGAACGACUGGAACCUAGAUGCUCAGGAGUUACGCCCAAUAUUUGCUGCAUGUGAAGAACUUGGCUGUUCUGUGUUUGUCCACCCUUGGGAUAUGCAAAUGGAAGGACGCAUGCAGAAAUACUGGCUUCCCUGGCUUGUAGGUAUGCCUGCUGAGACGGCCACCGCUGCUUGUGCGCUCAUAUUUGGAGGUGUACUGGAGCAAUUCCCGAAACUGAAAGUCUGUUUAGCACAUGGGGGUGGUUCAUUCCCUUUUACAAUUGGUCGUAUAGAGCAUGGUUUUAAUGUCAGACCAGAUCUUUGUGCUGUAGAGAAUAAUGUCAACCCUAGGAAAUACCUUGGCAAGAUAUAUACUGACUCUUUAGUACAUGAUGAAAGAACUCUUGAGCUUCUUGUGGAUAUAAUAGGACAGGAUCGUGUACUGCUAGGCUCUGACUACCCAUUUCCACUCGGAGAACACCAUCCUGGGAAACUCAUAGAAUCCAUGGAGACUUUUAGCCCUCAACUAAAGGACAAACUUCUAGCUGGGAAUGCUUUCGAGUUCCUGGGUCUAGAAAGAGAAAAAUACGAUCCUACAUACACAGAUGCACAAUCUUUAAAUGGAGAGAACUCAAACAAGAAACAUAAAUCAUAAAGAAAAUUAGAAAAAUCUUAAUAUAUUAAGGUAUUUAUGUAUAUUGCUCACAUACUUCUAAUGUGAAGUCUCUAAACCCCCCUUCCCAUCUACAUCUAGUGGGCCAGGGGAGCCAAAGGGCUUUGAAGUUAGACUGAUUAAUCAGUUAAAGGGUAAAGCAGAGAUAGAUAGUUAAAAGAGAGUCAUCACAAUUUUAGAUGUUCUAGGACUUUUGCAUUACAUCAAUUUAGCAUCUCAAUGAGUAUAUAUUGUACUUUAGAAAGUUUUUAAUUAAUUAAAUCAACAUGUUGAUUUGGAAAUUGAUCGAUUUUUAUGCACUGUCCACCCAACUCCUGAAAUGGCUUUAACGAUAUUCUAUACAGUUCUUUUUUGUUUUGCUUUAACUGUGAUAUUUUUAACCUGAGAUAAAUAUAUACAGUGUAUCUUAAUCAGAGUUUUAACUAUGUAUAUUUUUCUAUAGUGGAGAAUCUUAUUUGUCUCAUUUCUGCACUUUAAUUUUACAAAGAUGGAUGAUGUGAUGUGGGAAACUUCUGUAUAUACA